CCUUGCCGACGAAUUGACUUUACGUUGCGUCCAGAUCACUUUGUUCAACAUGUCAUCGAUAAGACGUUUUGUAUUGGCUCAAUCGAUACGACGAAAUGGUUUAUUGACUACAACAUUUGCACACAGAUCUAUAACUCCUGGCACAAAUUGCAUUCAAUCAUUUAGGGGUAAGAAAGAUGAUAGUACUUUAAGCUCAUCAGCUUCCUUGUUUCAUCCUGUGCCUGUCAAGCCAAAUCCAGAUGAUAUAAAUGUAGGUGCAGAAUUGACCGGAGUUCUAAAGAAAACAGAUCUUCUGAAAAUAUUAAAUUCAUUUGUACAGAAGACAGAGAUCAAGGAAUUAUCUCAGCAAUAUGGAUUAAACAGUUUCCUUCAAGGACAAGCUUUCACAAAUUUUAGACAAUAUUGUUUAGAAACACAAACAUUGCCUGUGGAUCUCCAUAUAGUAUUAAGUGAUAUUCUUCAAGGAGCUGGAAAUGUCACAGAUAUUUUUCCAUAUUUUUUACGCCAUGCUAAACAGAUGUUUCCACAUAUUGAUUGUUUGGAUGACCUUAAAAAGAUUAGUGAUCUACGAUGUCCUGCUAACUGGUAUCCUUUUGCAAGAGCAAAAAAUAGGAAAAUAAUCUUUCAUGCUGGACCAACAAACAGCGGGAAGACUUAUCAUGCCCUAGAGAGGUUUAUCAAUGCAAGAAGUGGAGUGUAUUGUGGACCACUGAAAUUAUUGGUCGUGGAAGUGUUUCAUAAAUGUAAUCAGAAUGGAACACCAUGUGAUUUGUUAACUGGAGAAGAACGGACAUAUGCCAAAGGACCCGAUAAUCCAUCAAAUCACUUAUCUUGUUCUGUAGAGAUGGUGAAUUUACAAAGCAACUACGAAAUAGCUGUAAUUGACGAAAUUCAAUUAAUGCGCGAUCUUAGUAGAGGCUGGGCAUGGACAAGAGCUCUCUUAGGAAUACCUGCAGAUGAAAUACAUCUAUGUGGUGAAGCUGCUGCUAUAGACUUGGUAAAAGCUAUAUGCUUUUCAACAGGCGAAAAUGUGGAAGUUCGCAGAUAUAAGAGAUUAACACAAUUGGAAAUAGAGAAUCAGGCGCUUGGUUCUCUAAAUAACGUUCAACCGGGAGAUUGUAUAGUCUGUUUUAACAAGAAUGAUAUAUUUACUGUUUCGCGUUCUCUUGAGAGCAGAGGAAUAGAGGUGGCAGUAAUAUAUGGUAGUCUACCACCUGGUACAAAACUGGCACAAGCUGCAAAAUUUAAUGAUCCUAAGAAUUCUUGCAAGGUCUUGGUAGCAACCAAUGCGAUCGGAAUGGGUUUAAACUUGCACAUUCGAAGAAUUAUAUUUUAUUCAUUGAUUCAACCAACAAUUAAUGAAAAAGGUGAAAAGGAAAUGGAUAUUCUAUCUGUGUCUGCUACUUUACAAAUAGCAGGUCGUGCUGGACGUUAUGGCACGAUAUGGACUACAGGCUAUGUAACGACGUUUAAGCGAGAAGAUUUGCCUACUUUAAAAAAUCUACUAGAUCAAACGCCAGAAAUAAUAACGCAAGCUGGUCUUCAUCCAACAGCAGAUCAAAUCGAGUUAUAUGCUUAUCACUUACCAAACUCAUCGUUGUCUAAUCUCAUGGAUAUCUUCGUAUCCUUGUGCACAGUCGAUAAUUCUCUUUACUUUAUGUGCAAUUUGGAUGACUUUAAGUUCUUAGCUGAUAUGAUACAGCAUGUUCCUCUGCCUCUCCGAGCGAGAUAUGUGUUUUGUUGCGCACCGAUUAACAAAAAAUCACCAUACGUAUGCGCUAUGUUUUUAAAGUUUGCACGUCAAUAUAGUAAAAAUGAUGCAAUAACAUUCAGUUGGUUGUGUCAGCAUAUUGGAUGGCCAUUCACAACACCAAAAAAUAUCCUCGAUCUCGUUCACCUGGAAGGUGUAUUUGAUGUUCUGGAUCUUUACUUGUGGUUAAGUUAUCGUUUUAUGGAUUUAUUUCCGGAUGCUAAAAUAGUACGUGACGUGCAGAAAGAACUCGAUGCGCUAAUUGAAGCAGGCAUAAUCAAACUAACAGUAUUAUUGUCAAAUUCCGAUGCAGGUAAGU